AUGAAUACUUCUGGCUGGGAAAAAUUCGUGCUGUUGUUGUGGAAGAAUUGGAUAAUCGCGAAGCGUCACUACUUUCAAACAUUUUUCGAAAUAGCCAUUCCCAUAGUCGCCUCAACACUUCUAAUUCUUAUUCGUGGCCUGGUAGAUGCGCGACACUACAAGGAAGAUUUUAUUUAUUCCCCACUGCGACUGGACCGCGUGGCUCAUUUAAGCGACAUUCAGCCACCAAUCACAUUCACAAUAGGGUUCUCUCCCACAAAUGCAAUUUUAGAGAGGAUCGUUGCUAACUCCGUGCAAUAUUUGGAUGAGCCAACCCUGAAUGUAAUGGCAUUCGACAAUGCAACUGCCAUGGAGAAUUUUCUGCAAAAUAACAACUUUAUAGCAGGAGUUGAAUUUCCUGAUUCUUACGUGAGCAUACAGGCUUUGCCGGAACAAGUUGAGUACGCGAUACGUUAUCCGGCGGAAAUGCGUUCUAUUUUUGCCAUAGGCAGCGAAUCAUGGAAUCAUUGGCAAACUAAUCGUCUAUUCCCUCAAUUCGACAUCGCUGGUCCAAGGGCGCCGUUCAGUGAUGACGGUGGCUUUCCUGCAAACUAUCACCGGGAAAGCUUUGCUCAGGUUCAAAGUGCAAUUUCCCGGUCGAUUAUUGAUGAAUAUAGUAGCAACAUCGAGUAUCCUACAAUUGAGCUGAGGCGAUAUCCUCAUCCGUCCUUUUAUAGUGAUCCACUUCUACUGGGUCUGGAGAAUCUGCUGCCUGUCAUCAUAGUCGUUGCAUUUUUCUACAGCUGUAUCAAUACGGUAAAGUAUAUUACGGUCGAAAAGGAAUUACAAUUAAAGGAAUCGAUGAAGAUCAUGGGUUUGCCUUGUUGGCUUCAUUGGACUGCUUGGUUCGUGAAGUCAAAGCUACAGUUGCUGAUCGCGAUAUCGCUGGUUACCGUUUUUAUUUGUGUCAGUAUGACUGGCAACACAAAUCUAGCAGUUCUAACCUUUGCUGAAUGGUCGGUUGUAUGGGUUUACCUAUUUGUCUACAGUAUAGCCAUUAUUAUGUUUUGUUUUAUGAUGAGCACAUUUUUCUCAAAAGCAAACACUGCUGCCGGGAUGGCUGGUUUGAUAUGGUUCGUAUUUGUCAUGCCGUACAAUAUUGCAUUUCUAAGCUACGAUUUAAUGCCUUUGGGUGCUAAGUUGGCACUUUGUCUGUUUCACAAUUCAGCCAUGUCAUUUGGGUUUAUGUUAAUGAUGCGCCACGAGGGUACGACAAACGGUGUGCAAUGGUCAAACUUGUUCAGUCCAGUGACCGUAGAUGAUGAGCUAAGUGUCGGGUUAACGAUGGUUAUGCUGCUGGUUGAUUCGGUAAUUUAUCUGCUGAUAGCUUUGUAUGUGGAAAAAGUAUUCCCUGGAAAAUACGGCGUCGCACAGCCGUGGUACUUUCCGUUCACCAAAGAAUUCUGGACAAAUAAAACUAAUAUCCUACCAACUUCAGAAAGCAAAUUGGAGGAGGAGUCAGCAAACUGCGAACCAGAACCCGUGGGAUUAAACGCGGGUAUUCAAAUUAAAGGAUUGCGCAAAGAAUACAGCAAAUCAAAAGUUGCCGUCAGAGGAUUAAACCUAAAUAUGUUCGAAGAUCAGAUCACAGUUUUGCUGGGCCAUAAUGGGGCAGGAAAGACAACUACAAUGUCUAUGUUGACGGGAGUAUUUUCUCCGACCUCGGGAACCGCACUCGUAGAUGGAUGCGAUAUUCGGAGAAACAUAGACGGUGCGAGACGAUCGUUAGGACUGUGCCCUCAGCAUAAUGUAUUGUUCAGUGAAUUGACCGUUGCGGAACAUCUUCACUUUUUUGCCCGAUUGAAAGGUGUACAACGCAACGAUAUUUCAAACGAAAUACGACACUACGUGAACAUUUUGGAACUGAACGAUAAAUUGAACUCCGAAUCGCACACUUUGUCAGGCGGUAUGAAAAGGAAACUGGCGGUUGGUGUUGCACUUUGCGGUGGUUCCAAGGUUGUUGUUUGUGACGAACCAACAUCUGGAAUGGAUCCCGCAGCCAGGCGAGCGUUGUGGGAUCUGCUGAUUAAGGAGAAGAAAGGUCGAACCAUUUUGCUGUCCACACAUUUCAUGGAUGAAGCAGACAUACUUGGGGACAGAAUUGCGAUCAUGGCCGAUGGGGAGCUUAAAGCAGUAGGAUCGUCAUUUUUCUUGAAAAAGAAAUUCGGAGUUGGAUAUCGGCUUAUAUGUGUUAAACAGGAUGAGUGUGUACUAGGGCAUGUAACAGAGCUGAUUCAGCGCCAUAUUCCAGGUGUGGAAAUCGAUACCGAUUUUGGAACUGAGUUUUCCUAUGUACUAGGAGAAAAUCACAACAAUGUGUUUCAUCGUCUGUUGAGAGAUCUCGAAGAAAAUGCACAACAGCUACACGUUUCAAGCUAUGGAAUAUCAUUGACGACAAUGGAAGAGGUAUUCCUGAAAAUUGGUGGUGAUACAAGUACCACCGACAAUGAUGAAGCAGAUUUUAACGAGCCCGAUAACGAAGACGAAUUUAACGGCCUGAAUACAACAAUCAGUAUAGCGGAAGAUGAGAAACUUUUGAACGGAGUAGCAUUGCGAUUUAGUCAGAUCCGUGCAAUGUUCCUCAAGAAAUUCAUUGUAACUUACAAAGGUUGGGUAGCAUUUAUCGUUCAAAUUUUCAUUCCAAUAUUUUUCGUCAGCAUGACCAUUGCGAUUGUGCGAUCUUUUCCGCAACUUGACAUGUUACCUUCCCUCCGAAUAACGUUCGAUGAUUACCGCAGAACCACAACGGUUCUCGAAACCGCCGGUGGAGAUCCCGCACUAGCAAAUGCUUAUCAGCAGCUCUUCGCGAACACAGGUUCCGAUGUGGAGCUCCUAACCAUAACAGAAUCCAUGAUAGAUUACAUUUUGCGCAGGGCAAACGAAAAUUUACCACAUGUAACGAACGAGAUUCUGGUUGGUGCCACAAUUUCCCCGAACAUCCUUACCGUUUGGUUUAACGCACAAGGCUUCCACACAGUGCCAUUAACAAUCAACACAUUCUUCAACGCGCUGCUUCAUACCGUAUGCCCCAGCUGUUCGAUAGUUGUUCAUAAUAGGCCGUUACCAUUCAGACCGGAAACCAGGUUUGCUCAAUUGCAAAUAGGCAACAGCAUGGGCUUCCAGUUGGCAUUCAACACAGGGUUCGCGAUGGCAUUCGUUGCGGCCCUGUACGUAAUGUUUUACAUAAAGGAACGUGUCAGCCGAGCUAAACUGCUUCAGUUUGUCAGUGGAGUGAACGUACUGGUUUUCUGGGCGACGUCGUUCCUGUGGGAUUUUGCGACGUACAUCAUUACGGUACUGUUUUACAUCGCAACAUUGGCCGUAUUUCAAGAGAACGGUUGGUCCAGUUUCGAAGAGCUUGGCCGCGUAUUUUUGAUCCUCAUGGUGUUUGGAUUUGCAUUUCUACCGCUGACCUAUCUGCUAUCGUUGUGUUUCGAUGUACCGUCCGGUGGGUUCGUGAAAGUGAUGCUGCUGAAUAUUUUCACCGGAAUUAUAUUUUUUAUGGCGGUAUUUAUGCUGUCGUUUGACGGUUUCGAUUUAGAGGACGUUGCUCGUGGACUGGAAUGGGGCUUUAUGAUAUUCCCAUUGUUCGCAGUCAGCCAUGCUUUGAGUAAUAUGAACAUAAUCGCGAUCACGCAGCAAAUAUGCGAUCAACAGUGCGAAACAAUACCGGAAUGCACACCGGAACUUGUUUGCCAAUUAUUUCCAAACUGCUGCGAGACAAAUAUUUUCACUUGGGAUCCUGCAGGCAUCAAUCGGAAUUUACUGUUUAUGACAGGAUUAGGAAUAGGAAGCUUUCUCAUUCUGAUGGCGAUAGAAUAUCGAUGGUUUGUGAAGUUAUUCAGUGGUCGGAGAUCAUCUAAACCGAUUCCACCGAGGCAUUCAGAAAACAUUGAUUCAGACGUUCUGGCUGAAAAACAACGUAUUCAAAGCAUGGAAAUGGCAGAAAUUAAUUCCACUCACUUAGUACUUCGAGACGUAACAAAAUAUUAUAAAUCUUUUCUGGCUGUGAAUCAGUUGUCUGUUCUGGUAGAGCACUCACAGUGCUUUGGACUGCUAGGAAUCAAUGGAGCAGGAAAGACUUCGACCUUCAAAAUGUUAACUGGCGAUGAGGAUAUUUCCUCGGGCGAUGCUUGGGUUAACGGAUUUUCUUUAAAAACAGAUUUAAUAAGUGUUCAUCAACAGAUUGGCUACUGUCCGCAGUUUGAUGCCCUGAUUGAUGACUUGACUGGUAGGGAAACGUUGAAAAUAUUUGCUCUGCUACGAGGUGUACCGAAAGGAGAAAUUUCUGCAGUAUCACUGAAAUUAGCGACCGAGCUAAACUUCAUGAAACAUAUCGAUAAGCGGACGAAACAAUACAGUGGAGGUAACAAACGGAAAUUGAGCACUGCUCUAGCGUUACUCGGAAACCCUGCAGUGGUUUAUCUGGACGAACCGACGACGGGGAUGGACCCAGCUGCGAGACGAAAACUUUGGAAUGUGAUCUCCAAAGAACGUGAUUCGGGAAAAUCUAUAGUUUUAACUUCACACAGUAUGGAAGAAUGUGAAGCAUUAUGUACGAGAUUGGCCAUAAUGGUCAACGGCGAAUUCAAAUGCAUCGGUUCAACACAGCAUCUGAAAAAUAAGUACUCUAGCGGAUACUACCUAACGAUUAAGUUGAAAAAGACAUCCAGCGCAACGGAGCCGGAGCGAGUUGCAGAAAUAAAAACCUACAUAACGAAUAAGCUUCCAGAAGCGCAACUGAAGGAAGAGUACCAGGAGUCUCUGACUUACCACAUCGUCAAUACAACGUUACGCUGGUCGACCUUGUUCGGGCUGAUGGAAGCUGCCAAGCAAGAAUUGGAGAUGGAAGAUUACGUUUUACGACAAACAACACUCGAACAAGUUUUUCUGUCUUUUACAAAAUAUCAACAUCAAACAAAUGGGUGA